AUGUCGGAAGCCGUGCUGUCCAAGAAGCAGCAAAAGGCGCUGGCCUUCCGCGCCAAGCAAAAGCAAAAGGCCAAGGGUCUUCCAGAGCCCGAGGACGUUCCCGAGAACGACCUCGUGGACGACAACGACGACGCUGCCGAGGCGUCGACCGACUCGAAGGCCAAGCCCUCCAAGGCUGCCGAGGGCAAGAAGCGCAAGCGCGGCGACGACACCGAGGCGGCCGCUGAUGGCGAGGAUGAGACCGCAAAGGACGGCAAGAAGGCCGCCAAGAAGGGCAAGACUGCCUGGGACGACGAGGAGGAGAAGAAGAAGACCAAGAAGGACAUUAAGCAGCGCUUCAUCCUGUUCAUUGGUAACCUCGGCUACAAGACUGGCCGCGAGGCUGUGGCAAACCACUUCAAGGAGGCGAUCAGCCGCACCCCCUCCGUCCGUCUCCUGACCGAGCGCGCCGAGCCCGGCAAGCCCGCCAAGUCGCGCGGCAUCGCCUUCCUGGAGCUCUCCACCUCGACCGAGCUGCAGGCGUGCUUGAAACUGCACCACUCGCUCCUGAACGGCCGCGAGAUCAACGUCGAACUCACCGCCGGCGGCGGCGGCAAGAGCGCCGAGCGCAAGGGCAAGAUUGCUGAGAGGAAUAAGCGUAUUGGCGGCCAGAGGGAGCGCAGGGCCGACAAGGAGCGCGAGGCGGCCAUCGCGGCCGGCGAGCCUACGCCCGAGGAGAAGAAGGCUGCCGAGCGCGCGGCGGCCGAGGCUGCGGCGCCCGACGGCUUCAAGAUGCGCAACGGCCGUCGUGUCAAGAUCAAGUCGGGUGGCGGUGGAAGGGAUGGUGGUUAUCCGGCUCGCCCCAAGUGGCAGCCGACGGGCGCCAACGCCGUUUCGGUUGGUCAGUAG